GAACACAUUUUCAAUAUACUCUGUUCCAAUAGAGAAUUACAUCACCCGGUCUGUUCAACAACGUCAUUUCAGAUCCUGCCGAUGAUCAUCCGGUGUUUCACCCUCAAGUAUUUAGGGCGUAUAUCGCGUGCAACUACGUCAAAUCCAACGGGGUCAGGUAACAGGAUGUUGUCAUAACAGAGCAGAAUUGACACAAAAGACAGAAAGCUGAAACCAGAAAGUGUGCCAAAAAAUUGGCCUUACGGUCAAAUGGAGGUAAACUUGAUAUCAGUUGACUUUUGGUAUGUUAGAAAGACGCUGACAGCCGCGAUCAAAAGGGAUGUGUGCGGCUACUGUCACCAGUAAGUCAUGACUGCUAUCUACGGGCAUUGAUAUCAGUCUUUGCUUGCGCGCUACAGAGUACAGUAUUUGCGCCGAUCUGCAGCGUCAUAUAUUGGCAUCUUGUAAACCGCUGAACGAGACACGAAAUUCGACUGUUCCUUCCUUGGCAGUUGGUCAAGAUGUUGCAGAAGAUGUUGCUGCAUAAACAUUCCGACAUUUUGACCGCCAUCAUGUUGAUGUCAAUGUUUUGCGCUUCGUCGCAGUCGCUAAAACCCCUCAUAAACAGCACAAAUACGUCAGACAAGGAAUCAUUAACAAGCAACACAACACCAGUGCAUCGUCCGCAGUCUAACGCUACAACAACUGAUAGUACAAUUUCACCAAGUUCCGCCCCAACUGAACUAUUUGAUCUAACAACAAUCAAAACAACAAAUAUUUUUCCCACGACAACAGCCACAACUAAUGGGGAACUCCUUCAGGCAACAGAAACUACUGAAGGCACCAAGAGCAGAACCACAACUAGUAUCGUAGAAGCAAACGCACAAGCAAAUAAAGCACACGAAAGCUCAUCAAGUACAAUAUUGGCUGUGUCUCUCUCGUUAGGAUUUUGUUUAUUAGCUGUAGGAGUCGCUGCAGCUGUAUUCUUUGUUCGCUGGAAAAGAAUAAAAAAGAUGAAAAAGGGAUUUCAAGAAGAAAUGGCAGUCAUUUGUCUUCACGACGAGCUGGCUUCAGAGGCCCUGUACUGUUCAUGGAAACCUUUCAUGGAUGGAAAUGAAAACAACAAAAUAAAACUUGUCAUUGAAACUUCUACCAGUGACGCGAAUACUUCACGAGCGAACACAUAACAACUAGGAUGGAUCAAAUUAAGUAGCUCUGUGUGCACUUAUAGAAGCAUGUCUCGCAGCAAAGGAAAUAUCGACAACAGCCAUAAGUUAUAGAUAGAAUUGUACAUACCCUUUCUUCCUUACACCAACAUACAUAUUGCCAAAAGGCAGGCGGGUUUUCGAGCGCAAAUUAAUUUUAAAUCAUUCAAGUUUUCAGGAGGAUCAAUUAAUUGAAGUUAGUGUUCCAGUUUGAAUAAACCUGCACUGAUUUUGCACUCUGGCGACUUAGCAAAUCAACAUAUAUCGUUUCUGUGUUUAAUAUAUAUCAUUUAUAUUCAUCCGUUCUUCCUUCAUCCUAAAGUAAGUAAGUUAGUAAGUGAAACCUCUUUACAGCAAAGUACCUCUAGCUCAGUUAACUUUGACUGGGGACGUUACAGCUUGAUGACGACGAAAUAAGUGGAGAUGUAAUCUAAGGACUCACUGCAUAUCUCGGGUAUCUGAGACAACCCUUGCACUGAGUGUAACUGGCCGAGCUAACUUCUCACUUAUUUCUUUUAAAAGUCUGUACUUCUAUUCCAAACACUAUUAUUGCACACUCCUGACGAUAACCGUUUCAACUGCUACUCUUGACCGCUCAUUUGGUAUUGUCUAAUAGUAUGGUGUGAGGUAUAAAAUGAAAAGAAACAACACGUAUUUUCCCCUUAUGAAGGCUUUUAUUGCUUAACUAACAGAGCAAUAAUACAAAGGGCUGUUUGUCCUAAAUCCAUCAUCUUAAAACCUUCGAUAAUGGGCGGGGCUUGAAUACUCGGAAGUUAGCAUCAGCUGACAGGUUAAUGUUAUGUUGCAUACAAUGUCACCUCUUCAAUAAAGAUUCUUGACAAUGUGGCAAA